CGCUGUCGUAAACGCGCGGACCGGAACGGUCGUGGUGUUGCUUUGCGGCCCAUAGCCCGUGGGUGCUCUGAUUGGCUCCGCUGUGACCGCGCCGUGCUCUGAUUGGCUUCGCCAGGGCAGCGCCGCGCUCUGAUUGGCCCCGCGCGGGGCCGGGGGCGGUUUGAGCGGCAGCGACCGGCGCGGCGGCCUCUCUCUUCCCCCGCAGCUGCCCCUGUCCCUGUUGAAGACGGCGCAGAACCACCCCAUGCUGGUGGAGCUGAAGAACGGCGAAACGUACAACGGGCACCUGGUGAGCUGCGACAACUGGAUGAACAUCAACCUGCGGGAGGUCAUCUGCACGUCCCGGGAUGGAGACAAGUUCUGGAGGAUGCCAGAGUGCUACAUUCGUGGCAGCACCAUCAAAUACCUGCGGAUCCCCGAUGAGAUCAUUGACAUGGUGAAAGAAGAGGUGGUGUCCAAGGGCAGAGGCCGUGGUGGGAUGCAACAGCAGAAGCAACAGAAGGGCCGUGGCGUUGGAGGUGCUGGACGAGGUGUGUUUGGUGGCCGUGGCCGAGGGAUCCCAGGCAGCGGAAGAGGCCAGCAGGAGAAAAAGCCAGGCAGACAAGCAGCAAAGCAGUGAGCUGGCCGGGGCCGGGGCUGCGAUGCCCAUGGGGUUUCCACCUCAGGAUUGCCAUGUGUUCAAAAGUGUCCCCUUCCUCCUCUUCUGCCCAUCGAGCCGGGCCCAAAUCAUGUCCUUUGGAAGCCCCUCUUGCAAUUUCAUGUGGUAAAAAGUGGAGUUAUUUACUCCUUGUAGUAGGCAAA